AUGAGGCAAAGGCCCCGACUUGUUACGUUGUCAGGGUGCGGGCAGAGCUCUGAGGCGUCCUGUCUGCAUUCUAACCUGCCACAGAGGGGCUUCUCCUUCUCCGCGCUCUGGUUGGAGAAGGCACUGCUGCAGGCUCCUGGCGGGGUGUGCAGACAAGGCCCUGGCCAGUGGGGAAACUGCGUCCUGAGCAAAUCACUGAGAGGCCCUCACCGCCAUGGAGCUGAGGCACCACCGGCAAGAGGAAAGUCCAGGCCGGGGGCAGCAGGAAGAGGGCCAGACCUCAGGCACACCGUUCCCGCCGAGUAUGAAUUGCAAAGCACCCUCACGUCCUCAUUCCUUUCAUCACGCUGGCCUUCUAAUGAAGCACCGCACCAGACUCUGUGGUGGGGGUUAAAACCGGGCUGUGUGGCCGCUUUCUCCCCCCCUCUCCCCCGAGCAGGGCAGGUGGCAUUGUAG